AAAAUCUAUGAAGCCCAUUAAUUAAUAGGCCCAUGAAGUCCAGCAGCCACUGGAAAAGAAACCUAAUUUAGGUUUCCUUUAUAUGUGUGGCCGGAGAGUGCGAGUGCCGCUAUACUCUUCCUCUUCCUCAAGUCUGCCCGUCCCUCGAUCUCAACCAUGCCUAAGCAAAUCCAUGAGAUCAAAGAUUUCCUUCUUACUGCAAGAAGGAAGGAUGCUCGUUCAGUGAAGAUCAAGAGGAGCAAAGAUGCGGUCAAGUUCAAGGUCAGAUGCUCAAAGUACCUCUACACACUUUGUGUCUUUGAUUCUGAGAAGGCUGACAAGUUGAAGCAAUCCCUUCCCCCAGGUUUGAGUGUUCAGGACCUGUGAAGAUUUAGUUAGCGUCAUGGCUCUGUUUGUUGUGGAGUUUUACUUUAUCAUGUGCUUUGUUUUAUUUGGAAGUUUUGAAAACUGUAGCCCUUAAAUGUUAAAAAGAUCUUUAUUGAGAUUUUGUGGAAACAUUUUGAUUUUGGUGAUCAUGUCAAGACCAAUCCUAAUAUUAUUUAGGAGCUCUUGUGUUUUGGUUAACAA